AUGGGCAGUCUUUGCUGCCCUGCUGCGGCGCCGUCGCCAGUGAUCGUUCACAUCUACGAUGUGACGGGCACGGCGCCGAUGAAGGUGGUUAACGGGGUUUUGCGCCCUUUGGGCACAGGUGCCUUCCACGCCGCAGUGGAAGUCCAUGGUACAGAGUGGAGCUACGGGCAGACGUUUGGGGGUCAUGGAAUAUUUGAGAACCCACCAGGAGAGUGUGAACAACAUUCAUACCGAGAAUCGAUUCACAUGGGGUACACCGACCUCACCCCCUUCCAAGUGCAGAUGCUCAUUGCCGACAUGGCCAAGCGAUGGCGUGGUCGGCAGUAUGACUUGCUCAACAAGAAUUGCACGCACUUCGCUGAUGAGCUUUGCCAACUUCUAGGAGUUGGCGAGCUUCCCUCUUGGGUGACGAAUUUGGCAGGAGCCGCAUCCAGAGUUGGCCCAGGACUCCGCGAACUGAGAGAAAGACUCUUUAACCCCUUCGGCUUCAACAGAGAGGACCGGGAGAAGAACUCAGAGGAAGUGCUUGGCGUGGAGAAGGGCCUGGUGGGCAUGUAUGUGGGCUGGGUCGAGAAGUCCCUGGUGGGCAUGUGGAGGCGCAACAUCCUCGCUGGACUGGGUUUUGGUGUCUCCAACGGCAUCAUGUUCUUCAUCAUGGCUGGCGGCUUCUACAUUGCUUCCAUCCUGAUCAAGGAGGGAGUUGCUGACUUCCAGGGUGUGAUGAUGGCCUUCAUGGGCAUCUUCUACGCAGGCAUGGGAGCCGGCCAGGCCGCCGUCAUGGUCGGCGAUGCCACCAAGGCAAAGGUGGCCUGCCACGACAUGUUCCAGCUCAUGGAUCGCGUCUCCGCCAUUGACGGCCUUGAGCCAACCGGUGAAACUCCCAAGCAGCUGGAGGCUGGACAGAUCGAAUUCCGCGACGUGAAGUUCUUCUACCCCUUCCGCCCCGAAGUUCAGGUGCUCAAGGGCAUCAGCUUCAGCAUCUCCGCCGGGCAAUCGGUCGGUCUUGUGGGCCCCUCCGGUGGUGGAAAGAGCACGGUCAUGUCGCUGAUCCAGCGCUUCUAUGAUCCUCAGGAGGGCCAGGUUUUCAUCGGCAACGAUAAGAUCGCCCUCAACACUGUCAACAUCCGCUGGUGGCGUCGGCAGAUUGGCUUCGUUGGGCAGGAGCCGAUCCUCUUCAACACCUCUGUGCGUGCUAACAUUAUGUACGGACUCGACGAUGGUGAGACGGUCAGCGAUGAGUACAUCAGCCAAUGCGAGAAGAUGUCGAACCUCGCAUUCUUGUACAAGAAUGGCAACAAGGGACUCGAGACCGAGGUUGGACCCCGCGGAAGCCGCCUGUCGGGUGGCCAGAAGCAGCGUGUGGCUAUUUGCAGGGCCUUGAUCCGCAACCCACCGGUCAUGCUGCUUGACGAGGCCACGAGUGCCCUGGACACGCAAUCCGAAGCCAUCGUGCAGAAGGCGCUGGAAGCCGCUCGGGAGGGACGUACGUCCUUCGCCAUCGCCCACCGCCUCUCUACUAUCCAAGGUUGCGAUGUCAUCCUCGUGAACGCCGACGGCCGUGUGGUGGAGAAGGGAAACCACGACGAGCUGAUGGCGAUGAAGGGAGUGUAUUACAAGCUGCAGAUGCAGGCGCAGAAAUGA